GCGGGGCCCUCAGCCCGGACCCAGGAUGGCGGAGGCCGAUCCCCCUUCGGAGCAGGAGCUGGAGAGUGAGCCACGCAGCUGGUCCCUGCUGGAGCAGCUGGGCCUGGCAGGGGCGGACCUGGCGGCCCCCGGGGUGCAGCAGCAGCUGGAGUUGGAGCGGGAGCGGCUGCGCCGGGAGAUCCGCAAGGAGCUGAAGCUGAAGGAGGGUGCCGAGAACCUGCGGCGGGCCACCACCGACCUGGGCCGCAGCCUGGGCCCCGUGGAGCUGCUGCUGCGUGGCUCCUCGCGCCGCCUCGACCUGCUGCACCAGCAGCUGCAGGAGCUGCACGCCCACGUGGUGCUGCCCGACCCUGCCACCACCCAGGAUGCCCCCCACUCCCCGGGUGCAGGCGGCCCUGCCUGCUCGGCCACCAACCUGAGCCGCGUGGCGGGGCUAGAGAAGCAGCUGGCCAUCGAGCUGAAGGUGAAGCAGGGCGCGGAGAACAUGAUCCAGACCUACAGCAACGGCAGCACCAAGGUGGGGCGGCGCCGAGAGUCCAACCAGAAGCUGGGGUUGCUGCGGGAGGCCCUGGAGCGCAGACUGGUGGAGCUGCCUGCCGACCACCCCAAGGGGCGGCUGCUGCGCGAAGAGCUCGCUGCGGCCUCGUCCGCCGCCUUCAGUGCCCGCCUCGCAGGGCCCUUCCCCGCCACGCACUACAGCACCCUGUGCAAGCCCGCGCCGCUCACAGGGACCCUGGUGGUUCGAGUGGUGGGCUGCAGGGACCUCCCAGAGACCAUCCCCUGGAACCCUUCGCCCUCGGUGGGGGGACCUGGGACCCCAGACUGCCGCACCCCCUUUCUGAGCCGCCCAGCCCGGGGCCUUUACAGCCGAAGUGGGAGCCUCAGUGGCCGGAGCAGCCUCAAAGCAGAAGCGGAGAACACCAACUGUCCCUGUGUUCGUGGGGGUGGGCUGCAGGCUGGCCUCAGUGCCCCGUAUGCCAUGCUUACAGGGGGUCCGGACCUGGGAGCUGUGGAGCUGCGCAUCGAGGAGCUGCGGCACCACUUCCGAGUCGAGCACGCGGUGGCGGAGGGCGCUAAGAACGUACUGCGCCUGCUCAGUGCGGCUAAGGCCCCGGACCGCAAGGCAGUGGGCGAGGCCCAGGAGAAAUUGACAGAGUCCAACCAGAAGCUGGGGUUGCUGCGGGAGGCCCUGGAGCGCAGACUGGUGGAGCUGCCUGCCGACCACCCCAAGGGGCGGCUGCUGCGCGAAGAGCUCGCUGCGGCCUCGUCCGCCGCCUUCAGUGCCCGCCUCGCAGGGCCCUUCCCCGCCACGCACUACAGCACCCUGUGCAAGCCCGCGCCGCUCACAGGUGGGCCUCGGACCGGCUCGUCUCCUGCAGCCCUGAGGACCCCGCCCCCCCGGUUUGGAUCUCCACUCUCCCCAGUCCUGGGUGAGGUCAGCACCGUGCUUAAGCUGGAUAACACAGUGGUGGGCCAGACGUCCUGGAAGCCAUGUGGCCCCAGCGCUUGGGACCAGAGCUUCACCCUGGAGCUGGAGAGGGCACGGGAACUGGAGUUGGCUGUGUUCUGGCGGGACCAGCGGGGCCUGUGCGCCCUCAAAUUCCUGAAGUUGGAGGAUUUCUUGGACAAUGAGAGGCACGAGGUGCAGCUGGACAUGGAACCCCAGGGCUGCCUGGUGGCCGAGGUCACCUUCCGCAACCCUGUCAUCGAGAGGAUCCCUCGGCUCCGACGGCAGAAGAAAAUCUUCUCCAAGCAGCAAGGGAAGGCGUUUCAGCGUGCCAGGCAGAUGAACAUCGAUGUUGCCACGUGGGUGCGGCUGCUUCGGAGGCUCAUCCCGAACGCGACAGCGACAGUCACCUUCAGUCCUGGGGCUUCUCCAAGGUCUGAGGCCCGGCCUGCGGGUGACAUAUCGGUGGAGAAGCUAAACCUCGGGGUGGACUGGGACAGCUCGCCCCAGAAGAGCCCUGUGCACCCUCCUUCCAGCCCAUCCAGCCUGAGUUCCCCGAUCCGGGAAACUAUCACCACUCCCGAGCUGCCUUCGGAGACCCAGGAGACCCCAGGCCCCGCCCUGUGCAGCCCUCUGAGGAAGUCCCCCCUGACCCUCGAGGAUUUCAAGUUCCUGGCAGUGCUGGGCCGGGGUCACUUUGGGAAGGUGCUGCUCUCCGAGUUCCGGUCCAGCGGGGAGCUGUUCGCCAUCAAGGCUUUGAAGAAAGGAGACAUCGUGGCUCGAGAUGAGGUGGAGAGCCUGAUGUGUGAGAAGCGGAUCUUGGCAGCAGUGACCAAGGCAGGACACCCCUUCCUGGUGAACCUCUUCGGCUGUUUCCAGACACCAGAGCACGUGUGCUUCGUGAUGGAGUACUCGGCCGGUGGGGACCUGAUGCUGCACAUCCACAGUGACGUGUUCUCUGAGCCCCGUGCCGUCUUUUAUUCGGCCUGCGUGGUGCUGGGGCUGCAGUUUCUCCAUGAACACAAGAUCGUCUACAGGGACCUGAAGUUGGACAACUUGCUCCUGGACACGGAAGGCUACGUCAAGAUCGCAGACUUUGGCCUCUGCAAGGAGGGGAUGGGCUAUGGGGACCGGACGAGCACAUUCUGCGGGACCCCGGAGUUCCUGGCACCCGAGGUGCUGACCGACACGUCGUACACACGGGCUGUGGACUGGUGGGGGCUGGGCGUGCUGCUCUACGAGAUGCUGGUUGGCGAGUCCCCGUUCCCAGGGGACGACGAGGAGGAGGUCUUCGACAGCAUCGUCAACGAUGAAGUCCGCUACCCACGCUUUCUGUCGGCGGAAGCCAUCGGCAUCAUGCGAAGGCUGCUGCGGAGGAAUCCCGAGCGGAGGCUGGGGUCCAGCGAGAGAGAUGCCGAAGAUGUGAAAAAGCAACCCUUCUUCAGGACACUGGGCUGGGACGCACUGCUGGCCCGGCGCCUGCCGCCGCCCUUCGUGCCCACGCUGUCGGGCCGCACCGACAUCAGCAACUUCGACGAGGAGUUCACAGGGGAGGCCCCCACGCUGAGCCCGCCCCGCGAAGCCAGGCCCCUCACUGCUGCGGAGCAGGCGGCCUUCGAGGACUUCGACUUCGUGGCCGGGGGCUGCUAGCCCCCGCAUCCCUCCCCUUGCCCUGCCCGCCCUGCCUGAGAGCUCUUAGUUUUUAAAAAGGCCUUUGGGGUUUGCCCCGUCCAUGCA